CUUUCCUGAGGGGUUCUGUCCCGGGAUGUACAUAAUUAUAUUCGUGAUGGUCUGAAAAUUAACAAUUAAAAUUACAAUGCAGUUAGAAAAGAGGUGCAGUGAAGCAUCAUGGCAGAAAACUGUAGUUUGCUUCAGCAUUCUAAAUGAAUAAAAAAAGUGAUUAUUAUAAGAGCGGGAAAUAGCUCCUCUGGCCAGGCUCCAGUCUAAUGACUUGAAUGUGCAAUCCAAUGUUGAUUGUUUUUGUAAUUUAGUUCUUUACUGCAAAACUAAAAGUUUAAUCUUGUCAGGGAGAUUGAGUGUGAAAUUUCGAACUAGUUGGAAUGUGAAUGUUCAGUUAAUAGUGUAAUACUUGUCAAUUAUUGUUAAAAUGUUUCAAUUUUGAGUGUGAUGCUGAUGAAAUAAAUAUUGUUGCACCAUUUUCAUGGCAUAAUGCACUGAUCAUUGAUAUCAAUACCAACAAUGAACGCAUUGAACGAAAGCCAGACAAAAGGCACUAGGAGGAAGAGAUCCCUUGAGGAUGGCGGUAGAACAGCCAUGCGCAAACGCAAAUCAUUGCGGCUGCAACAUUCGGUCUCCCUGCAUAUUCCUAUGGAGGAGCUGGAUACCACAGCCAACCGCAUGAACUGUUACAUUGAUCUACCACAACAAGUGUUCAGCCUGACCUAUCUCGAUGACAACGCCACUCAGAAUCCAGAGUCUUUGAACAGUUUGGAAGAAUUAAAAAGCAAAAAAUGGCAAGUAUAUCUUGCUGGGCACCUGUAUAACUUCAACUAUAAGCCAACUCAGAUGGCAGCUCUGUCGAAGAGUCUCACCUCUGCUCUCACUGUCGGAUUCCAGAAAAGUGAGAUGACAUUCCAUAGUGAAGUAGACACUGUUGACAAAUUCACUCCUACAGAAAAUGAUCACAAGGCACUUAUGAUAACAGUCAUGGGUUCUACAGGGCAGAAACAGAAUGUACUCUACCAUGGUUACAUGCUGUCAUGGUGCAAUCCGGUCAAAGACAAUAACCUCAUAUUGCCGAUCUUAAUGUGUCGAGGCAACCAGAAGUAUAGGACACUAAUUCAUUCCGUGUUGUCCGAGAGAUUCGACCUCAACAUUAGACCUUUUCUACUCACGCAGGAAGAGUUCAUGCAUCUCUCCACCUACUGUCUCGUCAUGCUCGACAAGACUGAUCCGUACAUUGCUACGCUCACAUGCAAAAUACACUCAGGCAUCAUACAACUGUCUGUGGCUUUAGAACAUCUAUUGAAACUGUGGAACACCAUUCACAAAGAAGACAGCAAUGAAGUGGAAUUGGACGAAAUCCUAACAUUUCAUGAAGCUCUGGAAGCCUUUUAUGAGUCCACCUUCGGUAUCAAACUUGGCUACGCUCAUUAUUCAAGCAUUACCGUUCCAAACUGUUUUGGACUUCAAAUAAACUGUAUGGUGUGGUUUAGGUCAACCAGGAUACUGCACGUUGUGCUCAAAUAUCUGAACCACCUGGCCGUGCAGAGGCUGAAAGUGAGAGCUUUGAGCACUGACAUGCCAACAUCAAACAUGACGCUUUGACCAUUAAAUGCAGCAUGAGUUACUUGACUUGUACGUGAGCAUGUUGUGACGGCAAGGCCAGUUCACAUGCUAUACAUCUGGGACAAGGCAUGUUACAACAAGCUGGCUGGCCACAUGGUUGCUGCUGUGACACUUCUAUUCAAAUAAUAAUAAGCUUUUUAACUGGGUGACAAAGUGGGGUGUUUUUAUAUUUUUACUAUGUCUAAAACUUAUAUUAUUUAAAAUUGAAAAUCUUUAAAGAUUUAUGUUACCUCCAAGAAUCUUCACUGGUGGAAAGAACUGCACUUUUCAUCAAUUAGUACUUCUUAUUAAUAAUAAAGUGUACCUAAAAAAUA